AACAAAACGGUGGUCAUCUGCAAAUUUGGUUUCAUUCUAUCAGUUGGGUUGUGUUUGUCUUGGAAUAUGUGAAUCGCCUCUCUAGGGUUCGACUCGAGCACAAAUUUGUACUUGGAAGGAAGCUACUACUAACUAGAGGAUCCAAAGAGAUGGGCGAAUCUCAGAUUCUACUCGCUCAGAGCUUUACUACUUGUUGGUCUUUAAAGACUGUGUUCACUUUAUGGAUCGUCUUUACUCUUCUUAACAGCUUUCCAUUUCAAGCUCAAGCUGCUCCUGCUAGUUCUUUGAUUAAGCACAUGUCAUGGGUUUUGAAGUGGACUACGGGAUCAUCCUCUAAAAUAUCCCAAUCAGAUACUAAUGUUCUUGAAUUUGAGAAUGGUUACUUGGUCGAAACUGUUGUGGAAGGAAACGAAAUCGGUGUUGUUCCUUACAAGAUUCGAGUUUCUGAUGAUGGAGAACUUUAUGCUGUUGAUGAAGUUAAUAGCAACAUCAUGAAGAUCACUCCUCCCUUGUCACAGUACAGCAGGGGAAGAUUGGUGGCUGGAUCGUUUCAAGGGAAGACGGGACAUGCAGAUGGUAAGCCAAGCGAGGCUCGUUUUAAUCAUCCGAGGGGAGUAACAAUGGAUGACAAAGGGAACGUUUAUGUCGCUGAUACUUUGAAUCUCGCUAUCAGAAAGAUUGGAGAUUCAGGUGUUACUACAAUUGCUGGGGGAAAAUCAAAUAUAGCUGGGUAUAGAGAUGGACCAAGUGAGGAUGCAAAGUUCUCAAAUGAUUUUGAUGUUGUUUAUGUUCGGCCUACCUGCUCGUUGCUUGUCAUUGACCGAGGAAACGCAGCUCUUCGCCAAAUCUCUCUUAGCGAAGAGGAUUGUGACUAUCAAGAUGAUAGCUCAAUCUCUCCAACUGAUAUCCUCUUGGUGAUUGGUGCCGUUCUCAUUGGUUAUGCUACUUGUUUGCUCCAGCAGGGUUUUGGAAAUUCUUUCUUCUCAAAGACGCUAGAGACAGAAACCAGCUUUGAAGAGGAGCAUAAAGUUCAAGGCAAAGAGAAAAUUUUCCGACCUGUCCUUGAGACAACAGCAACCAAGGAAGAACCUGGUUGGCCAUCAUUUGGGCAACUCAUUAUUGAUCUCUGCAAACUCUCUCUCGAGUUUAUAACCAGCCACCUAGUUCCAGCCCGAUUCAAAACCAACCCCAAUCUAAGGCCAUUAAAAGAUAGACUGAAAAUGCCUGAAGACGAACAAGAACCACCUCGAGUCCAAAUGCAUACUGCACCAGCACCAGUCUCUGAAUCCCGACAUGCACACUUGCCUGAAGCGGAUGAGAGUCACCCGGAACAUAAGACCCCGAAGCUAAGAUCAAGUAGUGUAAUGAAGGACCCUACUUUGUCGUCAUCCAAGCACCACAGGUCAUCAUCAAAACGGCAGGACUAUGCUCAGUUCUAUGCCUCGGGAGAGGUUCCCCAACCGAAGGUCCAUAAAGAGCGAUCGAGGCGCUGCCAUAGAGAUAAAACAACAGAGACAGAACCAAAGCCAACACCAUCAGAUACGGUGAAGCCUGUAGAAUACAGUAAUAGUUCAAAGUUUGAUCAUUUCAACAUGAGGAGCGGCAAGUAUGGUCCCGAAACUCCAUUUCGAUUCUAGAAAGUAAACUCAUUCCUCCAUCAGAAGUUCUGAUUCAGAACCCUUUUCUGAGCAAGGUGUGUCCUUUCUUCGGGGAGAUUCGUUAUGUUUUCUUUUUGAUAGUUGUUAAGGAAAAUCUUGUUACACAGAUGAAAGAAAAGAGGUUAAAAGUGUUGUUUGUUUUGCCUUGUAAUGAAGGAUCGAUGAUUUAUGUAUUACUGAUUUUGUUUUUAAACAUGAAGAGGACUAAACUAAA